AUGCAAAAACUAUUAGUAUUGUUAACACUUGUAGUGGUGUAUGUCAACUGCUGUGACAUUCAAUUGAGUAUAAGGUCGCUAACGCCAAAGCCCUUUCAAUUUCAAGUUGAGAUACCAGCCUUGAAAAAGAAGACAGAUAAGGCUACACUAACACAAGUUAACCAGCAAAAGAAAGUAAAGGUAAGUCAGCAUUGGUGAAACUUUUUCUCUUUCUACUCUUCCUUUACCUCUUUCCGCUCUUCCUUUACUCCUUAGGCCAAAAAAUCAUAGUAAAGUUUCCUUCUCUCCUUUCUCCCCCCCCUCCCCCGUCCUUCUACCGCCUACGCCAUUACCAACUUUUCUACCCCUUUAACAAUACCAUUUCAGAUUGACGGCCCAAACUGUGCGAACAAACAAUGGAUUAUAAGAACAUUCAAACAAGUUGGUGGUAAAUGGGUACCAGCACAACAACAUACUGCCAAACUCGACGGUUUUGGACGAGUAUUAGUCACGGUAAACGAUGACUAUUUGCCAUUAGUUACAGAUCGAAUUGGAGUUUCUUGUUCUGAAGGCGUGAUUUGUGCUCGAGGAUAA